AUGGGUAUGCAAGGACCGCUCACAGCUCAAGCUCUGGGGCGCUCUCCGUAUGAUGAAGUUGUGAAUGGCGACGGGCCCGAGGAUCCUCGCCAAACCAACCAACAGUAUGACCAACGCGGCCGCCCUAUCAACCCGGAGACUAAGCGAAUGAACCGGGACAUCAUCAGAGCGCACAACGAGGUCAUGCUCGUCAUCGGGGUAGCUGAACCUGAGAAUCCCUUUGCUGGGCCAGAAGCCGAUUCACAGCGGCGGCACGAAUCCUACGAGGAAUCCACAGGACUUCGACUGGGGGACUCUGCUCGACAGAGCGUCGAGGCAGUAGGGAUAUUUGGUAUCCAUGGCCUUCGACAACGAAUAUUGAUUUAUAAAAGAUACUCUCAGAUACCAUUCUGGGGAUUAUUCAAGCAAUCACAGUCAAACGUCUCCGUCUGGGCCGGUGCGCCAUCGAGUUGGCUCGUUCAUUACACAGAGCAGAUAGUUGCGCCGCUAUGGAGUCACGACAGGAAUAUGCAGUUUCCUCUUCGCAUCGUACAAAAAGUAUGGCCGUACGUCAAGGUUCAUCUGGAGCUCUACGUCGCCCUACAACGCCUGGGAAUCAUCUCUAGCAGCAUGUGGUUUCCUCACCCGAGCUUCUUCAUACCUUUUACAGAAGCGUCACCAAUCCCUGCUCCGCCGCUACCGCUCGACUACACCGUGCCGUCCCUGUUUGCCUGGCUGGGCGGCGCGUUGGUUUCGUCAGCACCGUUCCUGGCAUGGGUCAUGACGCAACGAAUGAUUCGGGACUGGAGACCAGCAGUAUGGUCGCAGAUAUACAGGAGGCUCCCCAAUACCGUCUUUCAUCGCAAACGGCUCCCCCCUCCCCCCCCAAUUCCUCCGCCGCCUCCGCCGCCUCCGCCGCCCCCCACCCUCUCGACGACGUACCUUGAUCCAGCAGAGGCCGUUGAUCCCAACGAUGACGGUCGUACCUCGACGGGCAAUAAUGAGGCCACGGGUGUCGGACCAGCUGAGGGAGCAAUUGGCGCCGACCAGGCCAGCACAAGCCCUCCAACAGAGCACUCUCGCAGGCCCAGUGGUCUCUCUGCUCGGGGGGAUGACUAUCCGAGUGACGAUGAGGACCAUGAUGGAGUAAGCGCCACUCUGAUAAGUUUUGAUGUGGAAGCAUCCGAGUCCCAAGACGCCCCGAGCGGCCUCUGGUCAGCCGAGUUACGCCCAAGUGCUGGUCCCGACUCCCGCUCAGGUCAUGGCGGCAACCAGGAACCUGUGUACAUGGACACAUUGCUGACCCAUCUACCCGCCCUCAUCGCGUCACACUUGUUUGCAGACUCGUUGACCCGGAUAAUCAUGGCCCCGUACGAAGCCACUGCCCUUCGACUGGUUGCUCGGAUGUUCCGCGCCAGAGCUGGCUUGCCUAGCUCCGACAUAGUCGAUGCCAACUUCCUGAGUGGCCUUACUGCCACUUCGCUCAUUAACUUUUUUGGCACUGAACUCUUGCAUGUAACUCUUGCAAGUGAAUGUUGGGCGAUUUUCUCCUUCCUUUCGCAAUGGUUCCAUAUGACGGAGGAGGAGUGGAAAGCUGAGGAUGGCAAAGCGUGA